UGAGAGUCACAUGUUCCUGCUCUAACCCAGGGCUGACAGUGAAGUCAGCACAAGACGCAGUUUAGUUUUAGUAUGGUUACCGUGAGCUGAUGAGGACAUGGCGACAAGCGAAGAGGGGGAAACUUUAGAAUCUUGGCUAAAUAAAGCCACUGACCCUAGUAACACGGCUGAUCGGUGGGAUUGCAUUCAGGGAUUCUAUGAACAGGUUAAUAACGAGCUUGAAGGGCCACAAACUGCGAUGCGCCUUCUUGCUCACAAGAUCCAGUCACCCCAGGAGAAGGAGGCCUUGCAAGCUCUAACAGUUCUAGAAGCCUGCAUGAACAAUUGUGGCAAGCGAUUUCACAGUGAGGCUGGAAAGUUCCGCUUCCUGAAUGAACUGAUCAAAGUGUUAUCACCAAAGUAUUUAGGUACGUGGAGCACAGCUGAGGUCAAACAAAAGGUGACAGAGGUCCUUUAUAGCUGGGUUCUGUGGUUUAAAGAUGAGGUUAAGAUCCAGGAAGCCUACACCAUGCUAAAGAAUCAAGGUAUUAUAAAGAAAGACCCCAAGUUACCUGAGAAUGUGGUAAUGCCCCCCCUGUCUUCGAGAACAGAGGAGUCUGUCUUUGAUGAUGAAGAAAAAUCAAAGUUAUUAGCAAGACUCUUGAAAAGCAGACACCCUGAUGAUCUUCAGGCAGCCAACAGGCUGAUCAAGAACACCAUUAAGGAAGAGCAAGAGAAGACGGAGAAGGUAUCCAAACGCUUUAACGCCAUGGAGGACGUCGAGAGAAACUCCAAGCGUCUGAAAGAGCUGCUGGAGAAUCACAGGAGGGGCGAAUCUUCUGAAGAACAGUUAGAGGAGAUGAGGAAUCUUUAUGAGCAAUGUGACAAGCUGCGGCCCACUCUCUUCCGCUUGGCCAGUGACACAAUGGACGAUGAUGACGCAUUAGCUGGAAUCCUCCAAGCAAAUGAUAAACUAACUUCUAUUGUCAACUUGUACCAAGAGAUGUUUGGAAGCAAAGUUGUGAAUGAAAACGGCAGAAGCGAUCACUCCAAAACCAAAGGUUCUGCAAGCCCCAAAGAGAUAAAGAGCUACCACCUGAUAGAUCUGUCAGUGCUGGAUUCUACAUCGGCAGAAGGCGGCAGUCCAUCUAAAGCUUCACGUAGCAGUUCUGUGUCCCUGCUAGACGAGGAGCUCAUGUCACUAGGACUAAAUGAUCCAUCUCUGACAGAAGCCCAGAAGAGUUCUAGAAAAUGCUGUGAUGAACUGAGUCAGCUGUGGGGCGAUGGCGGUUUGGGCACCGUUGGGCAGAGUGCUGAGUUCACUGGGAGGGUGGAGAAGGAGAGGGGAGAGGGAAGCAUAUUGACAGCCCGGGGGUCUGGAGCGGACUGUUCUCCCACAGGCUCUAUCACAUUCUCAGCGCAGCACAGCUGGCCAGGUGUCCUUCCCAAGUUGAGUGACCUUCAGAAUCAACCAGUUAGUUCGCCAUCAAAGUCCAGUGACCUGCCCGCUGAAAGAUCUUUAUCAGAUGUAUUUGUUUCUCUUGAAUCUAUAAAGCCAAGCAACAUCGCACCCAUUACGGCUUAUGACAAAAGUGGAAUCCGUGUGAUGCUGCACUUUGCCAAAGACUGUCCCAUGGGGCGACCCGAUGUAGUCGUCAUGGUGAUCUCCAUGCUCAGCACUUCCCCCAGACCCGUUAGAGACGUGGUGUUCCAGGCAGCGGUACCUAAGAGUAUGAGAGUGAAGCUGCAGACAGCCACCGGGUCGGAGUUGCCAUCUUACAACCCCAUCGUGCCCCCUACGGUCAUCUCCCAAAUCCUGCUUCUGUCCAACCCACUCAGAGAUAAGGUGCGUUUACGCUACAAGCUGACAUUCACCCAUGGAGAGCAGAAGACCAGUGAGCUUGGCGAGAUAGAAAACUUCCCUGAUAUGAGCUCUUGGACCAGCUGGUGACCUCCCCCAGAGCAGAGAACUCAGGGUCAAUAGAGAGAACACCUUGAUGGCUACUGCGGAAAUAAUACUUUCUCAAAUUGUGAGACCAUAUUACACUCGAAUUGAUAUGUUGUAAUGGUUUGGAGUUAUAGCAAAUAAUAGCAGGUUUCUUUCCUUUUUUAUUUAUUUUUUGUACCAUACAAAACUGUAGAGUUCCAUGCCGUUCGCAGUUUUGUAGCCAAAGAGCACCAGACAACAAAUCAUUGAGUCUCUGCUGUUACAGUGAUGCAGUGAUCAUACUUCACCUCAGAUGAAUCAGUUGGGUAUCUUGACAAAUGAAAGCGUGAUUGACAAUAUGAUUAUUUAAAAAGGCCUUGUGAAUGAUUCAGAUUCCGUUUUUUUGUUGUGAUAGAACGUGUGGUACGAAUAUAUGUAAAAUUAGUUUAUUUUAAAUGUGAUAUUGUGCUUUUUCUGGGUACUGUUCGGUACUGGUCACAAUGUGCCAUUAUUCUGCCUUUAUGCAUUACCUAGUUAUGCCAAGAGUGUCUUAUUCAAUGGAUCAUGGUUUCUGUGCAGAUAUACAGAGCAGUAUACAGAGCAAUUCAUCCUGGUCUUAAGGUUCAGCUUGUCAUGCAAGAUUUUGUUUGUACUCAUCCCUGAGGUGAAAUGAGAUGCUUAACUUUCAGUCUUUUGUUUCAGAAAAAGAUUUCCUCCACUUAUCCUUAUCAAUCAGGUAAAACCAUAAAUAGUUAAUCCCCAGAACCGGGACUUUGAAAAAAAAUGUGUGCUGCGCAAUUAUGAGAAUUUUGAUUCCAUUAUGGCAUGUCUUUAUAGUUAACAGUGGCUUUAUUGAGUUCCAAAGAAAAGUUCUUGAAACAAUGUAGGUCAAUGAAAAUAGUUUGUGCAAACUUCCUUUGAAUGAGUAUUUAAAGGUACAAAUGGUAAUUUUGGACUCCUAACAGUCAAGAGAGGAAUUGCAGCAACAAACAUCCUGAAACCACAACACUGUUUAUCUCUCCCCCUUCACGGUGAACGUGCUGAUGUUGAACCCCCCCACGCCAUUGCCUUAGAACCAAUUUUCAACCAAUGAACUUGAAUUAUUGUACAGCUGUACAAUGUUUUGGAGUGUCGGUCCGUCAACUGUAUAUUUUGAAACCCGAAAGGACUAUAAACAGGCAGAGGGUGAGUCAACAUGUCGGUGAGCCUUUUUCAAUGGUCGGUAGGGAUUUACAAUGGUCGUGUAACAAUGUUUUAACACAAAAAUCUUACCUAUUGUACCUUUAACUUGAGUCUGAUACACAGUAAAAGUGUUGUAAGAAAA